CGCGCGGUGGCGGCGCGACGGUGGACUCGAGACGAAUCGAACGUCGAACGAACGACGCGCAUCGAAUCGACCCGACGCGACGUCGCGCGCGACGAGGCGAGACGCGGCCGACGCCGCCGACGCCGCCGACGACGAAUCGCAUUCGCGGAGAUUGUGAAUCGCGGAGAUUGUGAAUCGCGUGGCGCGAGACGAACGAUAUGGGUGCGUGUGCGUCGAUGCUGAGCGGUGCACCGGCGGAGGGAGGAGAAGUGUCGCGAUUGGCGGAUACACUCGUGCGUCUGGGGGCGGAGCGGAGGACGGUGAACGAUGCGCUGCGGUUAUUCUGGCGCGCUGAUAAAGACGGGAGCGGGACGCUCGGGUUGAAGGAAUUCGCGGAGACGUUUGCGUUGCGCACGCGGAACGCGUUUUUACCGCGUAUGAUGUCGCUUUUCGACGUCGGAGGCGACGGGGACAUCGGGGCGUUGGAGUUUGUCAUGUGCAUGGCGCAGUUUCACGAAAGAAGCGCGUCGGCGCACAUAUAUUUCGCUUGGCGACUGUUCGACCAAGACGACUCGGGUUCGAUGACGAUGGAGGAGUUUGAAACCAUCAUAAACAACUCGAUGAGCUACACGGGAUCGAAUAAAGGUUUCAGCGGUGGAUCACAUGAUCAAAUGGGGGACCGCGUCGUUAGAGCUGGCCGCAACGGGGCACGAGUGCGGGUGAAAGGCAUGAGACAAAUCAUCAAACAAGCCGACUUGGACGACAACGGCGUGAUCACAAUCGACGAGUUUAAGGUUCUUUGCGCGAAUAGCUCGCAUAUCGCCGCGCCGGCUUUCGAGCUGUGGAGUGCAGUCGGGGCACAAUCGAAACCUUGUUGGAAACUGAAGGAAGAGCUCAAGGCGAAAGGCAAGCUUGAAGCAGUACUAGAGAUGCUCAGCCCAGCGGCGAGAAAAGCGUUGGGAGUGAAACGCAAAACGGACGUGGAUCGCAAAGAUAGGCGUCACGGUGCAGCACGCCGGACGAUGGGGAACAACAGAAGAAAGCCAGAACGAAAGAUACCCGGUGACCUCGCGUUCAUGGACUCCGUGAAAAUAAAAAAUGAAGACGACGCUGCGCGCGGUGAGCGGCAGUCGGGCGAGCGGCGCGCGGGCGCGCGAGAACAUCGAGAUCACCGCGAACGCAGUCAUCGACAUCACCAUAGGCAUAGAGACGAUCGCGAGCACCGUGGGCCUCGCGAUGAUCGCGCUCGCGAUAAUCCUCGUGGUCACCGCGAUCAUCACUCGGAGCGUCGCAAACAUCGACCGGAUGAUGGAUAUUACGGACAACCGCCGCCGAACGCGUUCGCGCCGAACCAAGGUCUCGGCGGUGGUUACGGCGGUAACGACGUGCGGUACGGGGGAAACCAAAUGUCACCGUCGCAUCAAUACGAACAGCAGCGACCACCGAUGAGUAAUGGUGGUGGCGGCGGUUACGGCCAACCGCGCGGCGGUCAGCCUCCUCGCCCGGGCGCUCGCGCCCCGUUCGCGGGCGACGGCGACCAAGACGAGCUAUUGGCUCAGCUCGAGCGCGAUUUGUACGGCAGGUGACGCACGGUAUAUAUAAUUUUCCUC